GAAAAACAGGGUGCGCUGUAACGGCGUUAUAUUCUAAACGAUUCGGAUGAUUUGUAAUCACGCGGUGACUUAGAGGAGCAGCGGUCAGGCUGUUUUUGAGCUCACUUGAUGAGUGGGAAGAAGAAGAAGAAGGCGGCGGCGGGCAGAACUGCUGCUCCGGCAGCGGCAAACAGUGAGGCGGAGGCGGCGAGCAAACACAGCAACAAGCCGGCAAAGACCACCGUCAGAGAGAGCAAAGGUCCAAAGACCUAUAGCCUUGCCAACACUGUCCAGGUGGACACAACUGGUGUCUGUGACAAGUCUGUGCUUAAAGUGAUUAUCCAACCUGACCUAGAAAAGAAGAUCAUCAAGCUCAUCAAUGACUUCAGACAAGGGAAUGGAGACAGAGGGCCUGUAUCAGGCAGACUCACGAGCAAGAAAUUACUGGAUCUGUACACGGCUCUGGAGAAGUUCAACUUUAAAAGAGAACACAUUGAGGAGGCGAUGAAGAGCAGCGUGCUGUUUGGCGGGGAUCUCCACUCUGCUCUCGACUGGCUUUGCCUCAACCUUAGAGAUGAGGAGCUGCCUGAAGGUUUCAGUCAGCAGAUGCAGGAGGAGAUCCAGAGGAGCAGGCCCAAGUACCAGCCGCCCGCCCAGCAGGCGCCUGCAGCUCCCACCACCGUAUCUGCCAACAACACCGGCAGAGGGACCGCCAAGAUGAAGGAGAAGGACGAGGCUGCAAGCAUGAAAGAUUGGAUCUUAAGGUAUGCAGAGCAGAGCAGUGAGGAGGAGGAGGAGGAAGAAGUGAGCGACAAGACCCUACGCAAUCAAGAACAGGAGGAAAAGUUUGACCCAAAUGACAGGUACUUGGUGCUCACAGCACAUCUCUAUGACGUUAAAGAAAUGGCAGCUGCUGCAAAGACUAAAGGUGACAAGAUGGGUCAAAGGACAGCACAGGACAGAAUACGCGUCAUACAGCAAGAAAUGAAGCCUUUGGAGUCCCACCCAAUGUUUAAUCCAGCUUUAAAAGUGGUGGAUGCACCUCAGAGGGAAAAGAAAAUACUCCCUCCCAGUGAAGACAAGGAAGACCUCGGCUUCAACUUAUUUGAGCAAGUUGCUCCUGUGGAGAAAGUUGUGAAAAAGAACGAGCCAAAAGACAUUCGUAAUUUUGACUACACAGUUCGCAGCUGGACAGGAAAGUCUCCAAAGCAGUUUCUCAUAGACUGGGUCCGAAAGAACCUCCCCAAGAGUCCUCCACCAGCUUUUCACAAGGUUGCUGCUGGAAGAUACUGGAAAUGCAGGGUGCGGGUUCAAAGAGGAGAUGACAUCCUAGAAGUUUGCCCCACUAUCCUGACUGAGGACAGUAUGCAGGCCCAACAUCUAGCAGCCACUCUAGCGCUCUACAACCUUGUCAAAGGGCAGUCGGUGCACCAGCUCCUUCCUCCAACCUACAGAGACGUGUGGCUGGAGUGGCGAGACAGCGAGCAGCUGCAACAAGAAGAGAAACGCACCGCCGCCAACAAACCUCGAGACCAGUUCAUUUCCCGGCUUCUGAUGAGACUCAAGCAGCAGCAAACUCAGAGCCCAGGAGAAGAGUCAGGUUUCCCCACCUAUCUCGGGAUGGACAAAGCCGGGAGUGAAGAGCUUGAAGAGUCCUGGGAGAAUCUGGAUAUUGGGGAGGGCAGAGAAGUAUUUUUGGAUCAAGGCGUGAAAACAGGGAGGAAAGGAGAAGCAGGAGCACUCGAGGCAUCCAGAGAGCUUUUAUUGAAGCUGAGGAAGUCUCCACUGGCCUGUAGAUUGCAGGCAGAGAGAGAACAGCUUCCGGUCUUCCAACACCGAUGGCAUAUUCUGGAGGCAUUGCAGCGCCACCCUGUGGUUGUGGUGGCUGGUGAGACAGGCAGUGGGAAGAGCACUCAGAUUCCACAGUUCCUCCUCAAAGACCUGCUGAUGGGGAGUGAAGCUGCGCAGCCCUGCAACAUUGUGGUGACACAACCUCGCAGGAUAUCUGCCAUGAGUCUGGCCUGCAGAGUCAGCCAGGAGCUCGGCUGUGAAGACGGACCAGGCUCUAAGUCAUCGCUGUGUGGCUAUCAGAUCCGGAUGGAGAAUCAGUCUGGCGCGUGGACUCGUCUGUUGUACUGCACCACUGGGGUUCUGCUUCGGAAACUGCAGCAUGACAAACAACUCAGCACCCUGACACACGUUAUUGUAGACGAGGUCCACGAGCGCAGUGUUCAGUCAGACUUCCUGCUAACCAUCCUGAAGGACGUUGUUAUGAGGAGAUCAGACCUUCGGCUGGUUCUAAUGAGUGCCACAGUGGACUGUGAUAAGUUCUCCAACUACUUCAACCACUGUCCAGUAGUUACCAUUCCUGGCAGGACGUUCCCUGUGGAGGUGUUCCAUUUAGAAGACAUAGUGGAGGAGACUGGAUACAUCCUGGAAAAAGAUUCUGAGUACAGUCAGAAAAUUCUUGAAGAAGAAGAGGAAGUUAACAUCUCUGUCACCCAAAAAGGUGGCAAGACGUUGCAGCAUCAGGAAGUGAUUGUGAGGGACUCUGCUGGCUGGGACCUCGGUCCCGACCUCGAUCACUUCAGCAGCCGGACUCGACAGGUGCUGCAAUAUAUGAACCCAAAUAAGAUCAACAUGGACCUGCUGCUUGACCUCAUCGACUACCUCGACAAAUCUCCACAGUUUGCAGUGAUGGAUGGAGCCGUUCUCGUAUUCCUCCCCGGCCUGGCUCACAUCCAGCAGCUCUACAACAUGCUCUCCUCAGACAAGAGGUUCAGGGACAAAAACAGAUACCGAAUUGUUGCUCUCCACUCGACUCUGUCAUCAAAGGACCAGGCUGCUGCUUUCACAGUUCCCCCUACAGGGGUUCGGAAGAUUGUGUUGUCGACCAACAUUGCUGAGACAGGUGUGACCAUUCCUGAUGUCGUCUUUGUCAUUGACACUGGGAAGACCAAAGAAAAUAAGUACCAUGAGAGCAGCCAGAUGAGUUCCCUGGUGGAGACCUUUGUUUCCAAAGCUAGCGCCCUCCAAAGGCAAGGACGAGCAGGACGCGUCCAAAACGGCUUCUGCUUCAGAUUGUACCCACAGUUCAGGUUUGACAGCUUCAUGGACUACUCUGUUCCUGAGAUCCUACGGGUCCCUCUGGAGGAGCUCUGCCUUCAUAUUAUGAAAUGUCAGUAUGGCUCUCCAGAAGACUUCUUGAGCCGUGCCCUGGAUCCUCCUCAGCCUCAGUCGGUCAGUAACGCUGUCAACCUGCUGAGGAAGAUUGGUGCGUGUCACCCAAACAGUCACCUCCUCACCCCUCUGGGGCACCAUCUGGCUAGUCUGCCGGUCAAUGUGAAGAUUGGAAAGAUGCUCAUCUAUGGAGCCAUCCUUGGUUGCCUGGACUCCAUAACAACCAUCGCAGCAGCCAUCACUGAAAAGUCUCCCUUCUUCACGCCAAUGAACAGAAAAGAAGAAGCCAACCUGGCCAAAGCUGCAGUAGCUGUAGCCAACUCUGAUCACCUGACCUUGUACAAUGCUUAUCUGGGGUGGAAGAAUGCACAGACUCAGGGACCGAAAGCAGAAACAUCCUAUUGCAGGAAACACUUCCUCAGUUGCACAGCUCUUAUUACGAUAGAGAAUGUGAAGCACGAGCUGAUGAAGAUGAUGGAACAGGCCGGGUUCUGGUCACCUCGCUCCUCCACACCACAGGUGGCCACUCUGUCCAAGCAGCAGAUGUGUGUCUUGAAUGCAGCGCUGACCGCCGGACUCUACGACAGCGUGGGCCGGGUCUUGUUUACCCCUUCUGUGGACGUGCUGGAACGAGUGGCCUGCACAGUGGAGACCCCACAAGGGAAGGCCCAGGUCCAUCCCUCAUCCGUUAACCGUAAUCUGCAGACACAUGGCUGGCUGCUGUACCAGGAGAAGGUGAAGUAUAUGAAGAUCUACCUUCGAGACACCACCUUGAUAUCUCCUUUCCCCAUGUUGCUGUUUGGAGGUGACAUCGACGUUCAGCACAGAGAAAGGCUCAUCACCGUUGACGGAUGGAUACAUUUCCAGGCUCCUGUGAGAAUUGGUGUGAUCUUCAAACACCUCAGGAAACUGAUGGAUUGUUUACUGGAAAAGAAGCUGGAGAACCCGAGGAUAAAUCUGGAAGGUGAGAAGACGAUCCAGAUGAUUUUGGAGUUGAUCAGAUCUGAAUAUGGUCAUUAACAGACAACACGAUGACGCACCUCGACAUCCAGCAACCUUUUUGAGUGUUUCCUAAAUGUUUGCACACAAAUAGUGCCAAAUGGAAAUGUGAGCAUUCUAAUGAUCAACAGAUGCUUCCAAGUGAAACAUGGCCGACUGCAUGAUAUAAAAUGUAAAAUAAGAUCAUGUCAUUUGAGAUGAAAUGUAAUGAGCUGAAUAUGUUACCAAAUCUGAUUGAAAUUAAACUGUGUUCAUGUUUAUUUUAACCUUUUUUUUUUAGUGUCGUAAUGU